UCGCCAUUUCACAUACCUCAAGGGUGGAGAAAAUUAAUCCAGGAUUUUAAUGGCCGCCAAGGUCAGUAACAUAUUAUCUUCUCCAAUUUCAAUUCGGUUCUUCCGCUUUCAGCAACGCCACUCGAACAUCCCAACUUCAGAUUCCUUCACUCUUCUGAAUCUGAAUAGACCUUCUCGUUUUUCUGCCGGCAUUAUCAGUGACAGUCUCGGUUUACGAUCGUACACCACAGCCGUCCGAAGGGUUUGCCGGGAUCGGACUUCAGUUACCGCGUCGAUGUUGCCGGAAAACCCGAUCACUAGAGAUGUCUGCGUUGCAACCCUAACGGGUUGCGUCGCUCUCUCUCUGCUUCGAUUUUGGGGUGAAAUGGCGAAGCUUGGGAUCCUCGAACAGAAAAUUUCGCGGAAGCUUGUGCAUAUAAGCGUUGGUCUCGUCUUCAUGCUUUUCUGGCCACUGUUCAGUUCUGGAAACCAGGCAGCAAUUCUAGCGGCUCUUGUACCUGGUGUAAAUAUCAUAAGAAUGCUUCUAAUAGGACUUGGAUUAUGGAAAGAUGAGGCCAUCGUCAAGUCCAUGAGUAGAUAUGGAGACUACAGGGAACUUCUGAAGGGACCAUUAUACUAUGCUGCCACAAUAACGUUGGCUUGUGCAAUUUAUUGGCGAACAUCCCCCAUAGCAAUCGCAGCGAUUUGCAAUCUCUGUGCUGGAGAUGGUUUAGCUGACAUAGUAGGGAGGCGGUUUGGAAGCCUGAAGCUUCCCUAUAACAGGAACAAGUCCUUUGCUGGGAGCAUUGCAAUGACAACUGCUGGUUUCAUAGCUUCAAUAAUGUAUAUGCACUACUUUUCCUUGUUUGGGUUAGUUCACGAAAGUUGGGAAAUGGUUUUUGGCUUUUUCAUUGUGUCUCUACUCACAGCAGUAGUGGAAUCACUUCCAAUCAGUUCAGAGCUUGAUGACAACCUCACAGUCCCUUUGACUUCAGUAUUGAUUGGCAGCUUUGUUUUUUGAUGCCCGGAGCUAGGAAAAUUGGAAUCUGGUCCGUUGAAAUGGAGUUCCCGCAAUUCCUGUGUAUUUUUAACACGCAUUCCUGUGUCACUGUAUCAGUAAGGGUAAUUGAA